GACUUACAUAGUUGCAUUUCUUUAAUCAUGCCAUAGGGAUGCACCAUUUUUCCACACUUCCCCCUUCUUCUCUCCUUCAUUUAUCACUAUCGCCUUUUCCUCUAUAUACUUUUUUUUUUUUUUUUUUGAAGAAUUCUCUAUAUACUUGUUUUCUCCUUUUACUUGUGCAUAUAUAAUUUCAACCCGCAGCAUAUUUUUACAAGCUCAAUGUUUUCCUUACUCUUCUUUUAAUUUGAAUAUACUUUCGGCCGUAUAUUGGUUUCUUGUGCCACUACACCAAGAAUCAUUUCUAUAAAAAUUUGAGCAAGUGUAGUAGGAGAAAAUUAAAGUACUCUUUACGUAUUCCCAGAUAAUACAAUUAAAGAAAAUAUGGACACAACCAUCAUUGAAGGAAGAUCCAUUUCAAAGCCACCAUACUUUGAUGGUACAAAUUGUGAUGAAUGGAAGGAACGUAUAAAGAUAUUCAUACAAUCUGUUGACUUCAAACUUUGGCUUGUGAUUAAGAAUGGAUCGAAAAUUCCAAAAAAAUUAAUAAAUGGUUUAGAGUUGGUGAAAUCUGAAGAUGAAUUCAAUGAUGAAGAUAUGAAGAUCAUGGAACAUGAAGCAAAAGCCAAAAAUAUUUUAAGUUGUGCCUUAAAUCCAGAUGAUCUUAAAAGAGUUUCAAGUUGCCAAACGGCCAAAGAAAUGUGGGAAGAACUUGACAAUGUAGUGACAGCAUCCAAUAUCAAUUCUACACCUGUAUUAUCACGAGUACAGACGUCUGAGCACAAACGUCCUAAUCUUGAUUUUUUAAACGAAACAGGUGAUGAUCCAAUGAAAAGGUUUCUCAACCUUUGUGUUCCUCUCCACAAGCUAGCUCUAAAAGGAAACUGGCCAGAAGCAAAACGCAUCUUAGAAAAAGAAGAAAAACUAAAACAUGCAGCCAUAGCAAGGGGGUGGCCUACAGUGUUGCAUAUAGCAGCAGGUGCAAAUCACAUUCACUUUGUGAAGGAGCUAUUGAAAAUACUAGAUGAAAAUGCAAUUGAAUUGAAAGAUAUCAAGGGCAACACUGCUUUCUGUUUUGCUGCUGCAGCUGGAAACAUGGAAAUUGUUGAGUUAAUGUUGAAAAGAAUCCCACAUUUAGCUAUUGAAAGAGGUGGAAAGGGAUAUACUCCUAUUCAAUUUGCUGCAUUGCAAGGUAGAUGCAAAAUGACUUGGCAUCUAUAUGACAAAACCAAACAUUGUUUUAAAGAUGAUGACUGGAAUUUAUUGUUCUUUGCUUGUAUCUAUACUGGCAUCUAUGAUUUGGCCUUGAAAAUGGUAAGGGAGAGGAAUGAACUUGCUUUUGCACGCGAUGAGAAUGAAGAGACAGCUUUGCAUUUGUUGGCUAAAAAUCAAACUCCUUUAGAUUCUGGUUGUCAUUGUCCAGAAGUUAAUCAUAAUCCCAUCAUUAUCAAUCCUGGCAUGAAAAAUCAUGUGGUUUUUCAAUUGGUUAAAUAUCUUUGGACCACGAUUCUUGACAAACACUAUGGAAAACCAGAGUUAGAUGAAAUCAUAAAUCAUCCUUCUCGACUAAUAUUUGAUGCUGCAGAAGUUGGAAACUUUGGAUUUUUAUCAGAGCUUAUUAGUGUUUAUCCUAGCUUGAUAUGGGAUGUUGAUAGCAAAAAUCGAACUAUAUUACACAUAGCUGUUUUGCAUCGGCAUGUUAGUAUCUUCCAUCUCGUACAUCAAAUAGGGAAUAUAAAGGGAAUCAUAGUUACAUAUGAAGAUGGCGAAGAAGGAAACACUUUAUUGCACAUGGCUGCAAAAUUAGCACCACGCAGUCAACUUGAAUUGGUUUCUGGAGCAGCUUUUCAAAUGUCUGUCGAGUUACUAUGGUUUCAGAAAGUAAAGAAGAUAAUGCUGCCAGCACAAAUAAAAGCUAGAAACUCAAAAGGCUUGACUGCACAAGAACUAUUCUCAAAUGAGCAUGAAAAACUAAGGGAAAAUGCAGAGUCAUGGAUGAAAAAAACCGCCGAGUCUUGUAUGCUGAUUUCAACUGUUAUUGCUACUGGUGUAUUCGCUGCUGCAAUUACUUUACCAGGCGGUAACGAUGGCACUGGAAAACCAAACUUCUUGAAGAAAGCAUCAUUCUUGGUGUUUGCAAUAUCAGAUGCACUUGCCUUCAUCUCAUCUUCAACCGCAAUAUUGAUUUUCUUCUCUAUACUUGUAUCGCGUUAUGGAGAGUAUGACUUUUAUAAAUCACUGCCUUUAAAGCUAAUAUUUGGAUUGAUCACACUAUUCAUCUCCAUAACAAGCAUGAUGGUAGCAUUUAGUAGUUCCUUCUUCAUAAUAUACUAUCAUGGUUCAAAGUGGGUUCCUAUCUGCAUUUCAAUACUUUGCUUCCUCCCAAUACUUUUGUACAUAGGUUUGCAAUUUUCAUUAUUUUCAGAUAUAAUUUCGUCAGCCUACUAUUGGAGGACUCUAUCUAAGCCUGGUAAAAAUAUGAUUUAUAUACAAAAGAUGUAGAGGAAUAUUAUGGUAAGGAAAAAUAACCAUUCACUCUUCUACGUAUGGUCAUUCCGAAUCUAAGGUCAAAUAUCCUAGUUUUAUGUAUUCUUCUUUCUUGUAUAAAUCCUGCGUAUAACAGUACUCGUAUUGUAAUAUAUUGAAUCAUUAUUUGUGUUUUGUUAAAUUGAAGUUGUAAUACUUUAUUUGAUUUGUUUGUAGAAGUUGUUGAUGGUAGGUAGAUAACAUAAUGGAAUUAAAAAUAGUGUGUAUUUAAGGGUGGUUUGGUCUAUUUAAA